UCAGCAGCAAGAGUCGUAGUAGCAGCAGCACCAGCAGUCGCAAAACAGCAGAGCAGCAGGAGCAGCAGGCCGCGUGCAACAGCUGGAGCUCUUGCUCGAGGAGCAGGAACGCAAACCCUAGGUUGCUGGGGAGAAGGGGAGAGAACACUUGAUCAUCUAGACAGGAUACCCUCCUGAGAGGCGAGGAUAGGCGACGAGGGCGGUUCGUGGCCUUUUUCUGAGUGCUCCUAAUCUGAGAGCUCUUAUCGCUAGAUUUGCAAAUUCCGUGGGGUCAUCGCACAGGCUAGGUAGCGACUGCCCGCGAUGUCCGUGGCCUUAUCUCUUGCGCAGGUGGGCUGCGUCCUGCCUCGUCCGGGUGUAACUUUGGUCGCCAGCCGCGAGCGAAAACAUGCGAAUUCCGCCAAGCCGAUUCCGUCAGUAGCGUCGGCCCGACACGUCUCAAGCUGCUUCGCGAAGUCUGCUGACGUCAGGCGAAUAGGCGUUUCUCAGCAAUGGCAAGGCCACGCCAGGCAUCAUCCCCUGCGGGCGUCGGACACCCGAGCGACUCUUCCCUCACCUGGUGGCGUCGCGCACGCUCGCAGCACCUGGAGAAUCCCAAGGUUCGGACCCGCCGCCACUGCGAGAAGCGGUCUCGCCUCUCAACGCUCCCCCCUCACCCCCAUCCCGUCUCAAGCCGCUGCCACAUGUCGUUGCAGCAGCAGCAGCAGGCUACGUUCCUCCUCCCGUACCGCCCUUCAAUAUAGUCACCUCGGUCACAAGAACCAUGCGCAGCAGCAGAAGCGGCAGCGGCAGCAGCCGCGUGAAGCAAUCGCCUCGGAGUUCCUCGGCCGCACCCUGCGCACGCCUGUCGCGCGCUCUCUUCCCCGCGCCCCUGACGGGCCGUCCGCGGCUGGCGCGCGGUUCUCCCGCCGCUGCCGCCUGGCGGCGCCGCGGUCGCAAGCGUCGCAGGGCCCCACCGAGCCGCAAGCUGCGCCGUCCGCUUCGCCGCCGAUCCCGGCGGAUAUUCUGCCGGCUCUGGGGAACCUGGUGGAGAUUAUAGGGCGGAUGAAGGAGGAGGAGAAGAAGGGCCAAUACCAGGGGGAGAGGGACGGCGAGGGGAUGGUUCGGGGGAGCGGGGACGGGUUGGCGGAAGGGGGAAUGGGGGAGGCGGAGGGGGAGGAGGAGUCGGAGCGGUUGUCGGAUGCGGAGAGGGCGGAGGUAGAGGCGCUGCUGAACGAGCGGCUGCCGAGCCACCCCAAGGUGCACCGCGGCAUGCUGGACAACGGGCUCAGAUACGUCAUCCUGCCCAACAAGCUGCCGCCCAACAGGUUCGAGGCGCAUUUAGAGAUGCACGUGGGGUCGGUGGACGAGGCGGAGGACGAGCAGGGCCUAGCGCACCUGAUCGAGCACGUCACCUUCCUGGGGUCGCGCAAGCGCGAGAAGCUGCUGGGCACAGGCGCGCGCUCCAACGCGUACACGGACUUCCACCACACCGUGUUUCACGUGCACGCGCCUGUUACUAUGCAGGGCUCCCAGGAGCCGAUGCUGCCGAUGGUGCUGGCGGCGCUGCACGAGAUCGCGUUCGGCCCCAAGUUCCUGCCGUCGCGCAUCGACAAGGAGAGGCGCGCCGUGCUCUCGGAGAUGCAGAUGAUGAACACCAUCGAGUACCGCGUCGACUGCCAGCUGCUGCACCACAUGCACUCGGAGAACCUGCUGAGCUGUCGCUUCCCGAUAGGCCUGGAGGAGCAGGUGAAGAAGUGGUCGGUGGAUCAGAUCCGCUCCUUCCACGACCGCUGGUACUUCCCCGCCAACGCCACGCUCUACGUUGUCGGCGACCUCGCGUCUGUGUCCGAUAUCACUAGACUCAUUGAGGAGCACUUUGGUCGCACGCCCCCAGGCAUGCACAUGCCGCCUCCGAACCCCACACCCACCACCUCCGCCCACUCCCCCUCUCUCCACCCCCCGCCUCUUCCCCCAUCCAUCACACACCACCACUCCUCCGCGCCCCCCCUUGCCCCCGCCUCCGCCUCCUCCGCCCCCAGCCUCACUCCGCCCAUGCACCCCGCCACCUCCCCCACCAUGCCCGCCGUCCCCCCAAGCUCCGCCCUCUCCAUCCUCCACCCCCAUUCCGCGGAGUCCCCCUCCCCCUCCGCCUCCCCCGCGCCCAUCCCUGGGCCUGUGCGGAAGGAGAGGCAUGCUGUGCGCCCGCCUGUGCGCCACACGUGGGCAAGGGACCACCUGGAUGGGGGGAGUGAGGGGGAAGGCGCCGGGGCGGGGGAGGGGUUUUUGCCCCCGGCGGUCAUGCCGUCGGCAGCGGCGCUUCAGCAGCAGGCGGAGGGGGGAGAAGGCGAGGAGGUGGUGAUGCCGGUGAUCUUCCAGCACGAGCUGCUGCAGAACUUCUCCCUCACCAUGUUCUGCAAGAACCCAGUGCAGCAGGUGCAGACCCUGCGGGACCUGCGCCGGGCUGUCAUGCAACGGAUUGUGCUCAACGCACUGCAGUUCAGAAUCAACAACCGCUACAAGAACGGCACAGUGCCUUUCCUAGGGGUAGACCUGGACCACAGCGACAGCGGCAGGGAGGGGUGCACGGUCACCACGCUCACCGUCACAGCGGAGCCCGCCGACUGGCAGGCGGCGCUCACCGUGGCCCUGCAGGAGGUGCGGCGCUUGCAGCAGUUUGGGCUCACGCGGGGGGAACUGGCCCGGUACGUGACGACGAUGGUGCGCGACAGCGAGCACAACGCGGCCAUGAUCGACUCCAUCCACUCCAUCGACUCCCUCGACUUCCUCAUGGAGAGCUUCGCCCUGGGCCACGCCGUGCUGGACCCCGAGCAGAGCUACGAGUGCCUGUCGGCCAUCGCGCCCACCAUUGAGCUGGAGGAUGUGAACGAGGCGGCGGCGGAGGUGCUGGAGUUCAUCGCGGAGUAUGGGCAGAGGGAGGCGCCGAGGCCGGCUGCGAUCGUGGUGUGCGUGCCGACGAGGAUGCACGUGCAGGGGGUGGAGGGGAGGAGGGAGGAGGGCGUGGAGGGAGAGGGGAGGAGUGGGAGUGGGAAUGGGGCGGUAGCAUCCAACUCCGCUUCCUCAUCUGUGUCGGCGUCCAGCGAUGUGGCGUUUGAGAUCACCCCAGAGGCAGUGAGGGAUGCGCUGCUGGCGGGGCUCAGGGAGGACGUGCAGCCUGAGGACGAGGUGGAGGUGCCCCGGACGCUCAUAUCCGAUGCUGAGCUGGCAGCGCUGCAGCAGAAGAUCCAGCCGCGGUUCGUGCCGUUCCCGCCCACAGAGGGCAACGCUGCUGACGUGGCGCCGUCCGAGUGGCGCGUGCGGCAGUACAACAAGGAGACGGGCAUCAUCCAGAGGCGGCUCAGCAAUGGCAUCCGCGUCAACAUGAAGGCGACGGACAAUGAGGCCAAGGGCGGCGUGCUGCGGCUGGUGUUCCCAGGGGGGCGCGCCAAGGAGAACCCGCAGGCCGCAGGCGAGGUGGCGGUGGGCGUGAGGACGCUCAGUGAGGCGGGGCGAGUGGGCGACUACAGCAGAGAGCAGGUGGAGCUCUUCUGCCUGGCCAAUCUGGUGAACUGCAUGCUGGAGGCGGACGAAGAGUGCGUGGCGCUGGAUCUGCACUUCUCCACGCGAUACGGCGGACUCAAAUCCUCCUUCCAGCUGCUGCACAUGCUGCUGCAGCAUCCAGCGUGGGACGAGGAUGCUCUGGAGCGAGCCAAGCAGGCGUACCUCUCCUUCUACAGGUCUCUCCCCAAGAGCCUGGAGCGGCUGACAGCGAGCAAGCUGAUGGGCGCCAUGUUCGACGGGGACACCCGCCUGCUGGACCCGCACCCCGCCAUCGUGUCCAACCUCUCGCUCGACACUGUGCGCCACGCGGUCAUGCAACAGCUGCUGUCGGGGAACAUUGAGCUGAGCAUAGUGGGCGACUUCAACGAGGAGGAGAUGAGCGACAACAUCCUCAAGUACCUCGGCACCGUCACUGCCCUCCCCGCCCCCUCCUCCGUCGUCUCGCCCUUCGCCUUCCUCCCCCCCAACGACCCCUCCGCCCCUGCUCCUCCCUCCACCACCGUGCUCCCCCCGCUCCACCCGCCCCCGGUGCUCACCCUCCCGGGGGAGCCGCCUUUCAAAAUGAUUUCUUCGUGCCCGCCUGCACUGCGGCAUCAGAAGGUGCUCCUACGUGACACAGACGAGAGGGCCCGAGCCUACAUCGCAGGUCCGGCGCCGAACCGAUGGGGAUACGCUCCAGACGGGCGGGAUAUUAACACAAUUCUGGAGCCCAUUCCUCCUGGCUACACAGCUUCACCAGCAGCAGCUGCAACAGCAGAUGAGGGCCCUCUGUUGGCGCGAGCGAUGCGGCACCUCUUCAGCAUGGGGCGCGGCAGCAACCAGAACCAGGCAGCGGGACAUGGAGCAAGAGGAGCAGUGGGUCCCGCAGGAGGUGGGAGGGGCGAGGGCAGCCUUGUAGGAGACCAUGAUGCGCAGGCGGUGGCAGUGUCGCCGCUGGGGACGGCGGUGGUGGAGGGGGCGGACGGGCGCAAGUACUGGCACCGGCGGCGGCACCCGCUGUACACGUCCGUGGGGGUGCUGCUGCUGCAGGAGAUCGUCAACGCACGCCUGUUCACCACAGUGCGAGACGCUCUUGGUCUGACGUACGACGUCAACUUCGAGAUCUCCCUCUUUGACCGCCUGGCCACCGGGUGGUUCUGCAUCAGCGUCACCUCCACUCCCGCCAAGAUCCAACAGGCCGUGGAAGCUUCCCUGAACGUUCUCAAGGGGCUGCAGGCCAACCGCAUCUCGCAGAGAGAGCUGGACCGGGCCAAGCGCACGCUGAUCAUGCGGCACGAGUCGGACCUGAAGGACAACGCGUACUGGCUGGGCAUGCUGACGCACCUGCAGUGCGACUACGUGCCGCGCAAGACGGUGUCGUGCAUAGCGGACCUGCCGUGCAUCUACGAGAUCACCAGCGUCGACGACAUCUACACCGUCUACAACCACAUCCCGCUGGAUGAUGCCAGCGUGUUUACGUGCAUUGGUGUUGCCGGGGCCGUUGGGUCCGAUGCUGACUCGGCUGGGAGCGAGAGCGAUGCGAGCGAUGCAGAGCCAGUAUCACCAUCCGGCACAGUCAGCUACGGCCGGGGCUCCUCCCUCAUGACUCGCCCCACCGCCUGAGGGCCACCUGCUGCUGGCUGAUGCAGCCCCCAUGGAGCACACUCGCCUCUCAUCUCCUCCUCUCACUCUUCUCGCUCAGUUUCCCCUCGAUAUAGCUGUGGGCCUCCUCCCCGCUCCCCUUUUGCCCUGCAACAUCACCAAUCCAACUUGUCUAAACGCACCUGCCCUGCUGCUCCAAUGCAGCUUGUCUAAGUGCAGCAGUGCCGGCCUGCCACCUGUAGCCUGCAGUAUGCUCCCAACAACAGCACGGCACACCUCACCACCAUGCACCUUCCAGAACCUUCCCAGCACCUUCGCAGCUACCUUCCCAGCACCUGCCCGCUGCACCAGCCACUCCCAUUGCCCUUAUCACCAUCCACCUCGCCCUGCUCCAGCUCAGCAUCUGCCACAUCGUCAUCACCCUUCCCCCAACCCGAGACUGGGCUGAUUGCUUCUUGAAACCCGAGCUCCUGGUUUCCCACCCAGCAACAGUGUUCUGUGAGAAAUUAUACCAACGCACUAAACAAGUGCUAGAGGUGCCAGCCAGCUCAUAUCCCCUUGAGAUCAGUGGGUUGAGAAUGUGCAAGGCUGUCUUGUGGAGAUUGUCAGAUGCAUGGCCAAGAGGAGGGUAUUGUGCUCAGAGGUCUUUUUAGGGCGGUUUGAUUAUGUUGGGGUGAAAUUUUGCAGUCAAGCCACCUAUGAGUGUUUUAGCAACAGCGUUAGCAUUCCCUGGAUUCAUUACCUCAAAAUUGAGAUCAAAGAUACCGUAGAGUCAGCCAUUUGUGUCGUGCCAAUAAGGGGUGCAGAGGGCGUGUUUGGAUGGGGUGUCUCUUUUGCAACUAUGU